CUCGUCCCGCACGCUUUCUCACUCGCGCGCUCUCAGCGCCACUACGGCGCACGGCCCCUGCUGCCAAGUUCGCGCUCUCCGCCGGCACCAUGGAGUGGCGGUCCGCGAGCGGCGCCGACGGCGCGGCGCCCGACGCGCUCGUGAGCGUCGUGCCGCCGGCGCCGUCGCGCGCCUCGUCGCUGCUCGUCACACUCGUGCUGUGUCUGCUGGCCGCGCUCGUGCUGCGCACCGUGCUGCCGCGCCUGCCACGCCUUCUCUUCCGUGGCCGCCUGCGCGUGCGGCGCGCGGGCCUGCGAGGCGUGCGCGGCAUCGAGUGGAGGCAGAACGGCUUUGUGCGCAAGCGCUCGGCCACGGGCACGGCGGUCGGCGCACGCGAGGACGACGGCCUCGUGGUGCGUGUGCAGCACGUCUAUCUCGUCUUCCACGGCUGGCGCCGGCGGUCAGGCGGCAGCAGCGCCAGCGAGACGGCGACCGCACGCACAGCAGAGCCGGCGCUCCCCGACGGCGACAACCCGCGCCCUGCAGUCGCCGCUCCGACCGCUUGGAUCACGAUUCGCAUUCAGGGCGUGGGUGUGCGACUCGCCAAAGCUGCCACCAGCGCAGAAGCGCACGCAGUACAGGCACGCGCGGCAGAGGCGCGCCGCCGAGAGAUGGAGGAGGAGGCCCAUCGCAGAGCCGAGGCUGCCGAGGCGCAUCUGCAGCGCCUCAUCGCUAGCACGCCGGAUGCCUCGGCGCUGGCGAGCAUGUCGGAAGAUGCCGAGGGCGACACAUCUCUAGAGUCGGUAGUUUCGCCGCCCAGUCCCUCGAGGGACACCGGCGACACGCGCCGCGCCCCUCCACCACGACCAGAGGACGCACAUGGCCUCCCUCUGCGUGGCGCACUUCUCUUCGCCUUCUUCCUGCGGUAUCGCGUCCUGCCGGUCGUGCGGAUACAGUCGCUUCGUCUCGCACGAGCGCUCGUGUACGUCGUCGUCUCUGCGCUGCCAGCGCUGACCUCGUUCGUCGAUGUCGAGCUGCAGCGUGCCGAGGUGUUCGUGCAGGACGCCGAGUCGGUCUUGCGCAUCGGCCGCAUGACCUUUCUGGUCAGCAUGGCCGUCGCAGACGAGCCAGAGACUGGCGAGACUGGCGCGACAGACGAAACGUCGCGGCGAUGCGCCAGCAGUGCCAGCUUUGCAGGCCGCGUCUCCGCCGCCUUCAAGGAGAUGCCAGGCCGCCUGGGCUCCGGCGCAGCUGGCGCUGCGACGUACAUCAAGGCCAACCUGCCGGCGGGCCGCGCCAGCCUGCAAGUACGCAUGGAGGGGUUGCAGCUCUUCGAGGCAAACCACGAAGCGCCGCAUGGCGAGCGGCCGAAGGCCCGCCUGCCCGAGUCGCGGCCAUCCUCUCCUUCGCCGCAGGCCUGGCGCGGUCCCUCGUCCCGCAUGGCGCGGCGGCCUACCUCUCCGCCCGAGACGCCGGUCCGCUCAGGGUCGACAAUGUCGCCGCUGCUGCGCAGUGCAUCAUCGGCCACGCCGUCCUCUCCGCAGCUGCAUGCUUCGCGCGCAGGCAUCGAUGCGGUGCCGGCUCAAUGGCUGCCUUUCAGCGCCACUCCUCCGCAGGAGCCGCCGACGCUCAAGCGUUCACACAGCGCGUCUGGCAUCGCUACCCUGUCGACGCAGCCGCUGAGUGGCUGGACGGAUCGCUGGGCAGACUGGGCGCUCGAGCCCUUCCCCAGCUCCAGCUACUCCUCCGACACGGGCUGGGCGAAGGGCGAAGCGCGUGGACCGGUGCCUGAGGGCGCGCGUCUGCUGGCGCUUCCCGACGUCAGCGUGUUCGAGCUCGGCAUUGCGCUCGAUCCCAACCUCGCCAUCGGCGCGCGCGAGACUGUGAGCUUGAGACUGCAGCUCGCCGCAGUGACUGUGGGCAUGGACGCCGUCGCCCGUACUCUCAGCGUGCUGGAGCAGCGCAAGUCGAUGCACCACGGCUUCGCGCCGACGAAGAAGGGCCUGGACGGCACGAGGUCACAGGUGUCGAAGCACUUCGCACAGCAGCGGCGUGAACCUGCGGCACGGAUGCUGUACGCGCUCAGCUCUGUCUCCAUCACCGUACCUAGCGCUCUCUUCCUGUCCGACAUUCAGACAGCUUCCCUGGCGGUGACGCAGCAGGUGCGCGAGGGCGACAAGACGCUGCCGCGCUCGCUGCAGUUCCGCGCGACGCUGCGGCACCUCAGCUUGUCGCUCCGCACGAGCGAUGCUGCCGACGCACGGCAUCGUCACUGGCUGGGCUCGUGUGGCGUCAAGGGUAGGCGGGCAGAGCCGACCAACAUGCCGUCAGUCUCGCGCAGCGCCAUCGGCGGCCUCAAAAAGGGCAUCCAGGACCGCUUCCGUUGGGCUGCGCUUCGGUCACGCGCGCGCUACGUCGAGCAUCGGCAGGCAUUCACGCUCGAGGCUGGCAUGGAGAGCUUGGAGGCUCUCGUCGGCACGGAAGGUCGCUCAGUCGAGCUGGCGUCCGAGCUGCUCCUGCUGCGUGAGGCGAAGCUCUCUGCUCGCUCCACCUGGACACCGUUCGGCUUGCUCCCAACUCAGUGCCCGGUCGACUCGCCACUGGCCGCGCAGUACUUUGUCGGUGACCCAAACGAGCAAGUUGCCGUCAUCGAAGCCUCGGUGCGGCAGGUGCAUGGCGAGACGAGCCUGCAGCACGCAGCAGCGCUGGGCACCACUCUGGCGGCCCUGCUUGCAGAGCGGAAAAGCGCGCGUGCCAAGGUCGGCCUGCAGGAUGAGCGUCCACCGAAGCCGCCAGGACCUGCGUUCCAGCCGCCGCGGCUCUUCUUGGGCGCUGCCGUUCACGACUGCUCCUACCACCUCAAUCUCGGACCGCAGAAGCGCGCCGGCACCGACGCCCUCUUGGGCGAAGUCAGCCUCAUUGCGAAUGCCCCGCGACUGUCGCUCACGCUGCAGACCGCGUACCAAGACGCAUACGUCGGGAGGACCGAGAAUGAGCGGCGACACGCCUGGAAGACCUACUCGAGGGCCGCGAAAGACAAGACAGACAGCCCGCCGACUCUCCGGCCGCCUCUCGCGCGCAUGCACUCGUCCAGCUCGACCGUCUCGGCCGCGUCCCACGAGGCAAUUCCGCCGCCCGCUCCGCCGAAGGAAGGCAUGACGAUGGACGAGGCCCUGGCUCAGAUGCGCGAGCUGCAGCAGCAGUCUCACGCAAGUGGCGAGAGAGGGCCGCCGCUGCACGCGCGUCCGAACUCCUCGGCGUCUGACCGACGUGCGGCUGCGUCGGCGAGGGACCGCCGCGGCAAGCACCCCACGCCACGAGCGAUCAGCGGGCCGCCUGAAGCCAAUCUGCGCUACACGUUCGACGCACGGGUGGCCUGUGAGCCCAUCGAGGCGUUCUUUGCCGUGACGGGCGAUGACAACUCGUCUCGGCGACGCAACGACACGCCGACGGCUGGCCGCCACCUGCCGCGCUUGGGCAUGACGCGCCAUCACUUGCUGCUCGUCAGCGCCAUCGAGUCGAAGAUCAACGGCCACGUGCCGGGGUUUCAGGACUGCAUGGACACGGUGGAGCUGGCUCCGAAAAGGGCCGCCGCAGACGUGGUCGUGUCUCUGCAGGAGCUCGACAUCGACAUGUGGCACCCUGCUGCUCUCGGCGCGACUCGAGGCCUCGUGCGGGUGCUGUCCGACGCGGCAGCCCUGGCUAGCCGGCUUCGCACCGCUGGCACAGCGCUGCAGUCGUCCGAUUCUGCCGCAUCGCCAGCGCCCGCCGUCAAGCCGCUGAUCGACAGGGUCCCGGCCACCGACUGCAGCCUGUACGCGUCCGUCGGCGCGAUCAUCAUGCACGUCGGCGGCAGCGAUGUCAACUGCGACCCGCACAUGUCGCGCGGCGUGGGCUUUGAGGCCAAGCGUGUGGUCUUUGAGGCGGUCUCGACGAAGUACGAUGCGCGGCGUGCGCCCGACAUCAGCGCUGGCUGGGGCUCGCGUACGGCGCUCGAGCUGCCGGAAGAGCUCAUGCUCAGUGCACAUGCCCUCGCUUCGCGGCACAGCAAGGCGGCGGCGGCAAAGCUCAGCCUCUUCGAGAUCGGCCUGUUCCCUAUCCUCGAUGCAGAGCAGGCGCUGCAGCAGCACAUGGACGGAGGCACCGGGCGGACGCGGCGCGGCAUGCACAGGGAGUCCUCGUCUGAGGCUACUGCGGCACUCAUGGCGUCGCCCUCGAUCUUCGCGCCGGCCGUGUGGGAGUUCCAGAAGACGCGGCCUCAGCAGACGAAGAAGAAGCCGACGCACACCAAGUUCCGGCAGCAAGACCGCUCCAACUUCAUCUUCUGGAUGCCCUUCUCGGCCACCAAGGCCUUCUUGCGACCGCCUGGCGCCGUGAGCGGCAAAGUCGGCAAGCGCGCUGAUGAGAUCACGGUCACGUCGGAGGGCACGCCGCUGCUCGCCCUGAAGAUCGAGCUACUGCACACGUACUGCAUCCUGAACGCGCUCGCUGCCCUCAAGGGCCUCGUGCCGCAGCGUCGCGAGCCGGCAGAGCGGGAACAUGAGGGCAAGGCGGCAGAGCCCUCCCCGCCGACAGCGUACCGGCCGUCCUUCAGCGUCGCCAUCGACGUGCAAGAGAUCCACAUGAGCAUCCGUCUGCCGAGCGAGGUCAACCUCUUUAUGCAGCUCAGGCGCCUCGACCUGCGCCUAGUCGACCGCGACAAUCUGUCGCUCGCUCUGGAGCAGGUCAUGGCCGCUGUCGAGACCCCGCAGCGGCCGUCCAAGGGCCUGUGGGAGGAGGCCGUCCGCUUCCGCGACUGGAAGUUUCAGGUGCACCUGCCCGACCGGCACACCGGACGCAAGCUCGAAGUGGCGGUGAACGGCGAUGGCCUGCGCAUGCGCAUCCCCUUCGGCUAUCCGGUGCAUCCGAUCAUCGACAAUGCUGCCGUGGCGUUCAAGACAACCAAGCAGCUGGUCGCGCAGUUCGUCAAGGGCUCCAAGGAGUCGGUCAUCUUUCCUGUGCCCGAGGACCCGAAGCAUCUGCCGAAGAUCUCCGUGAACGUGCGCAUCUUCGUCAUCGAGGCGCAGGACGACCCCAUCGAAGUGCGCCUGAACAGCAUCUGGCGCGCCGGCGGCGACGAGAACCAGGCUCGCAUGGAGCGCGACGUGGCCUUCGCCGACAAGGUCAACUCGAUGCGCGAGAGUGCCGAAGACGAUGCCGCCUCGUUUCUGUCCCACGCGGCCGGAAGCGUCCGGACGACCGCGACGGCGAGCACGAGCGGAGCUGCCAGCGGACCGGCGACAAGCAUGCAUAGCCCGUCGAGCGCCAGCUUGCCAGCUGAUCUGCCUCAGCGUACCAGCUCGGACUCGGAGCACGCCGAGCACGAUCCGGCUGCGGUCAACCAGCACUUCCAGCAGCGCACGAGCGCAGCCGUCAAGAAGGCACGCGAGCAGCUCGACGCCUUCAAUGCCUCGAGCUGGAUCCGCCGCUCGAAGAACGCGUACCUCGAGAUGAGCCGUCGUGAGGAAGCAGCGGCCCGGCGCAUCUACGGCCGCUACCCGACACAGCGCGUGUCCAGCGAGCUGCCGAUCAAGAUGAUCACCCCGGCGCGCGCUCCGCCGCUCUUCCGCUCGAGCAUGAGCAAGCUGGCCCUCGACAUUGGGCCUCCGUCCUUCGCGCAAGACAAGCUCCGCGACUUCAUCCAUGAGCAGGGCAACGGCGUGCCGCGCGACCUCGGCUACUCUUUGCUCGUGCCGAUGCACCUGCGCUGGCGCAUGGCCGAGUGGCGCAUCCAGCUGCGCGACUACCCCAUGCCGCUGCUCCACAUUCCGCCGAUGCAUCGCGACCAGCCAGACGACCUGCGCUCGUGGGAUCUGGAGGGCGACGUCGUGCUCGCCGAGCACUGCGGCGGCCGCGAGUCGAUUCGCCACGUGCCGGCUGUGGUGGUGCCGGCGGCGACGGGCCUGGCCGACGCCAAGGAGUACGGCAUCUCCGUGCCGAAGAUGGCCAUGCCGGUCAAGUUCUACGGCUCGCCGACCAUCAGGAUCAACACGUCGUACCCGACGCGCGCGACGUGGGGCCAGUCGAUGCAGCCGGCCAUCCACGACAUGACGCGCGUGCUCGACACGGUCACCAGCCCGCCGCACGAUCCGUCUGCUAAGCUCGGCUUCUGGGACAAGCUUCCGCUGGUGGUUCACGGCCGAUUUGGCAUUCAGUUCGUCGGCGACGGCGAGCUGCACCUCUACCUCAAAGGCAGCCGCGACCCGUACUCCAUCCUGGGCCACGGCUCCGGCUGGGUCAUGUGCUGGCGCGGCAACGUCGACGUGCGCCUCAACCAGCAGAACCCGGACCAGGAGGUGUUCCAGAUCCUGUCCCACCAGUUCCUGCUGGCCAUCCCAGACCUGCGCGACUACAUCGACCAGGCCGCCACGGGUGUCACGGACAAGCGGCAGGACCCGGACGAGUCCGACCGCCGGUCCGGCAACGCGACGCUGCUGUCCGCGGGCCAUCGCUACACCGAGGAGAUCGACUUCCGCAAGAUCGUGCUGCGGCUGACGAACGGCGUGCGCUGGGGCAUCGGCAUCAAGUGCGAGCGCACCUGUACCGACGAGACGUGCAAGCGCACGCCGCGCUGCUCCGGCCCGGCCUUCUACCGCGAGUGCCGCUUCUUCGACGCCAAGCCGCACUGGGAGGUGCACACGCGGACGAAAGAGUACCUGGACACGCUGCCCGAGAGCGAGAGGGGUGACUCGUUCGCUGGCUACCGCACCGACCACAUCCACUUCUCGCUUUCCAUCUUCUCCCGCCCAGACGGGCUGCAGGACUACACCGUCCGGCCGUCAAGCAGCUCGACGGCCGGCGACUCGUCGGCCAACAACUUCUACUUCACGCCGCUGGCGUGGGAGAACUUCUGGGCGUGGAUGCGCCUGUUCAACGGCGCCAUGAGUCUGCCCAUCCGCCAGGGCCCGCUGUUCCCCGAGGCGCAGGUGCAGUCGCCCAAGUUCGGCCGCCACCUCGCCACGCUCAAGUACCGCUUCGACCUUGCUCCGCUGUUCAUCUCGCACGUGUAUCCGCAGGACAUUCGCGCCGACUGGGCACCGGGACGCACCACGCUCAUCGGCGUCAAGGCGCGCGUCGGCACCUUCCACCUCGACAUGCACCAGCGCCAGCAGGAGAUGCUCAAGGACCGGCCCGAGUUCGGCGACAGCAAGAAGAAGGUGUUCCACAAGCCGUUCUACGAGGCCGAGAUGGACCUGGACAAGAUCGACCUGCGCACGCUCUGCGCGCAGUUCACGGAGCCAGACAAGCGCCUCUUCCCGUCGGAUGAGGACCCCGUCAGUGCGGCAGCUGAAGGCGAGAGGGACAUCUUCGCCGGCGACUGCACGCUCUCUGACCGCGACCUCGAGUGGCUCGACAUCCGCGACUUCAUCGAGGUCGACUGGAAGCCGCCGGAGUCCGGCGAGGAUCCGAAGGUCAAGCUGGCGCAGGCCAUGGUCUGCCCGCACUUCAACUACCAUCGCCGGCUCGAGUCGCAGCGCGAGCGCUCGCACCGCACAGCCAGCCAGGCCAGCCAGUCGAAGCAGAGCAGGCGCGCGACAGAGCAGCAGCAGGAGGAGAUCCUGCGGCUGGAGUUCACCAAGUUCGGGCGCGAAGACUCGCACACGUGCCUGGUGGGCCAAGGCCCGCACUCGUUCGACGUGCAACAGGCUCUGGGCGACGAGCGCAUCAGUCAGCUGCAUGCCGAGCUCGACAAGCUCUGCGGCGCCGAUCGCGACCAUGAGGCUGCUGCUAGCCUGCGGAAGAAGAUUCAGCUCAUCACCACCUACCUCUCUGCGCUGAAGCACGAGCACCGAGUGCCGGACAGUCGCGAGCCUCCGACGGCCUUUCCCGUGACAAAGGGUAGCGCGGGCCACGGCUCGGACAAGCUGGCCAUGCCACACAUGUACGCGGACUGGGAGUCGUUCAACAACCGCCAUCUUGUGCACAACCCGACGAUCUUCUUCAGCAACACAACGCGAGACGUGCUGCUCAAGUACUACCUCAGCUCGCGCCAGCGUCGCGGUGUGGUGCACCAUCUCACCGCUCGCGCCGUGCGCUACAUCCGCGAGCUGUCGGCGCGGCACGAAGGCGAGGAUCACGAGGACGAGAGCAAGAGCCACGCAGAUGAGGACGCAGAUGAAGCCUCAGAUGCGAAGCGCCACGGCAGCACCUCGAGCCGCGGAUCUCGCCGUCGGCGACAGCAGAGUCGCAAGCGGACACGCGACACUGACGGCGCCACACCUGUCGAGGAGAAGAAAGCCAUCGAUCUGCUGCAGGGACUGCUGACGCAGACGGCUAACCAAGUGAUGGUCGAGAGCCCCACCGAGGACGGUCCGGAUUCGUCACUUCUCGAUGAUGACAUCGACGCGAGCGAGGGCAUCUCGGAUCAAUUCGACGUGCGGCGGAGCACAAUCUGCGUGCUGAUCAAGCCGCAGAUCGUGCUCCGCAGCGAGAUGGACGAGCGCUCCACGAUCGUGCUCACGGCAACACGCACCCGCCUGCGCAACUUCUCCGUCAUCGACCCGCGGUCGGAGGAGGACUCGGUCAACGAGCGCGUGCUGCACCGCAACUACUUCACGCUCGACGGCCUCCAGGCCUUCCACCCGAGCGACAGCUGCACCUUCCUCGCCACGGCCAACGAGCGGUCCGGCUUUGUCUAUGUGCCGCUCGAGACGCUCGUCGACUUCAGAUACGAGACGAACGACUUCGAUCGCGUGGUGCCGCACACUGACGCGAGCGUGCGCUACGACAAGUUCAACAAGCUGCGUCUCAACGACUCGUCCCGUCCCGUCGCGGCAGACGAGACCGGCAGCAAUCCUGCCAUCGACCACCUCGUGCACCACAUGGACCUUGCCCGCCUGCGCUGCCCACGCUUCGGCGUCGUGGCUGAUGCGAGCCACUUCGCCGCCAUCUACAACGUGGUCACCGACCUGCUGCUCUAUCGCGAUCCCGCGUACCGCGAGCACUCGAAGCGACUCGAGACAAUGCUCUUCAGCCACGACUUCAGCGACACGUCGGGCCUGUCCGAGGUGGUCGCUGGCCUGCAGUACCGCAUCCGCCACGCGCGCGAGCUGCACGCGCAGUAUCUCAUGCACUUUGAGCACCUCAACGAGCACGGCCGACUCGAUCUGCUCGCGCUCAAGGCGGAGAUGCAGGACAUGCUCGACGAGCUCAACCUCAUCAUGGAGGCGAUUGCAACCUCCGAGGAGCACUCCUCCGGCUCAGACAAGGACAAGAAGUCGGCGCUGCGCGUCGAGGCCGUGGCCCAAGACAUCACCUGGAGCAUGAUGGGCGCCGACGAGGGCGAGCUGCUUGCGAAACUGUCGGUCAAGGGUGCCAGCUUCACCUGGCUGAACAAGACCGACAACUCGGCGGCCAACACGCUGUCGAUCGCCGACCUCUCGGCUGUCAACGUGCAUCCCGACGCCUUCUUCGCCGAGAUCUUGUCCAAGUACAAGAAGGGCGCCGCGGCAAACCACGCAAUGGCGCAGCGCGGGCGAUUCCUCGACGCAAUGUGGUCAGUCAUGGCACCCGUCGGUGGCAUCUCGAUCGUGGAUCAGUUCGACUUCAAGCUGCACCCGAUGCGCCUGCAGCUGGAGAGCAAGGUCGGCUCCCAGCUCAUGGAGUACAUCUUCGGCUCGAAGCGGGAACGUGAGCGUCGCAAUCAAAAGCAGAAGGCGGACGAAGACGAGUCUCGCUCGCCGGACGCGACCGACUCAGCCAAGACGGCAACGUCUGCGAAGAGCAAGCGGACCCGCGGCGGGCGUCUGACGCGGCUCUUCCGGUCCGGACACGGCAACGAGCGUAGCGAGGCCAGCGAAGAGGCUCGCGUCAGUCCGCCGACUGCGUCCGUCCGUGGCUCAACGGAACUGGUCGGAGACCGACCGCGACGUCCCAGCAGCACUCGCUCGGCGAGCUACACGAAUGGCAGCGGGCGUGACUCGUCACGCUCGCGCCCAGCGACGCCGCAAGGCGCCGGAUCUCGCCCAGACUCGGACGAGGAGUCUGAUCCCGACAGCCACAUGGCGAUCGUGAGCCGUAACGCAGCGGAGAUGCGGCAGCGCGCGGCGUCGAACCGCACGUUUGUGCUCGUCAAGAUCUCCGACACGAUCUUCAACCUCUCGUACAAGGGCGAGAAGGAGAAGAGCAUCACGAAUGUCUACGACCUUGUCUUCCACUCGCCGAACAUCGAGUACCGCAACCGCACGUGGGCGUACGUCGACCUGGCGAACCACUUCAAGCGCGACAUCAUCCGCGCCGCGUGGGGCCAGAAGACGAGCAUUCUGCGCGGCGUGCUCAAUCACCGGCCGCGGCGCACCUCGCUGCGCGCACAUCUGCCUGCGCGCAUCGCCUCGGGCGCCGGCCUCAGCGUGCGCGUGGAGCCGCCGACGCCGACGAGCAGCAUGCUACUCUCGCGCGACGACGAGCCGGACACGCCCGAGUCGCCGCAGUCGAUGCUGAGCGAUCUCGAGGAGGAUGGCUCGUCGGACGAAGAGGCCGAGCAGGAGCGCGAGGUGCCCGAGAGCGAUGCCGACGAGCCGCACUCGGGCAACACGACGGCCUCUCGCGCAUCCACUGCCAGUCCCGGCCGCUUCUCUCGCUUCAUCACGAAGCGCCUCCGGCCGCGCUCGGGCUCGGGCUCGAGUGGCGCCACGCACGAGACGGUGCGCAUGGAUCGCGACGACUCGCACUCGUCAGAUCCCGACGGCUCGUCUCCCGGCCUGCGCAGUCCCGGCGAGGAGGCGCGGCGCAUGCUGCGGCCCACCGACACGUUUGCGUUCAGCGAGCACGGCGCCUCCCUGCCGCCGCGUGGCAGCUCGCGCCAGUCAUCGCCGGCGCCCCGAGCGGGCAGCCUAGGCGACCGCCGCGCCAGCAGCCCACUCUCCUUUCUCAUGAGCCGACGACCAAGCAGCCCGCUGGGCCGCGAGGGCGACGGACCCGGCGACUCCGAGGACGCCGAUGGCUCCCUCGCUGCCGCGGCCGCCGAGCGCACGCGCGCCCUCUUCGGCCUCGGCCGCCGCUCCUCCUCGCCCGCGCCCACUCCGUCGUGACAGCGCCAUGCGGGCAUAUCUGCGGACUUCACACUCAUCUGUACUUGUAUCUGCAACGAACGUAUUGUUAAUCCG